GAAAAGUUCCCUCGGGAAUGGAACGUCUGAGUUGGAUCAAAGGGAGGGAGAGAAAGCGGUAGGCAGGAGUCUGGGCCAGGGCUGAUGGGUGAGGACACCCAGGGCACUUGGAGAGUGACUUGGCCCAAGGCCGCCCCCACCCCACCCCCCCCCCCCACCCCGCGGGACCUGCGAGUACAGCAGAUCCACUCUGACACGGCUCUUCUCUGGGAGUGGAAAAAAGCCCUACUUGGCCUGGUGGAAAGCAGCUUUCCCCCGGGAACAGGCCGGGCGCGGGCUCUGGGGAAAUGGUGGGGGUGGGGUCUGAGGUCCGGAGGCCUCGCUAGAGAGGAAGGACCAGCCCAAACAGACCCCCUUCCCCGGGUUGUCCAGGCCCCCCACUCGCCCCCGUCACCUCCCCCGGCCCACCAUGGGGAAGGCCUUCACAGCCUGGGGGGUUCACCCGGGAACACCCCACCUCCCUGGCCCGUGGGUCGCGGCCAAAUAAGGCCGGGCUGCCGCGGCCCCGCCCCUGCCCGCCGCCGCACAUUCUUCUGCCUUGUAAGGCCCGGCGCCUCGCCCCGCCCCGCGCCCCCACCCCCGGGCCCAGACCCCACCGACGGCCCGACGGCCCCGGCUCCGCAGCCGCUCCGCGCACCGCGCCAGCACCUUCUCCGCACCAGGUGGGAGCCCCGCGGCCCGGGGGGUCUGGAGUGGGCGGUGUGA